AUGGGGGAAGAAGCAUGUUAUGAUGUUCGAAGACAACUUCAUACUCAAAUCCAGCAACACGCAGAUUUGUUUUCCAAGUUGUUCUAUGACACUGUCUCUGAUGUUAGUAAUUUAUUACUCGUAAAACACUUGGGUUUUCAAGGUAAGGAGAAAUGGAUGACGAUUCCCGAUAUGGGUUACCCUGUUGAUUUUAAAUACAGUGUUGUAUUUGUUUAUCUUUCCAUGUUAAUGAACAUAACAUUUUUCCCGCUUCUCAUAGCUCCACCCCCAUACACGAGUCGACAUACAAUAGUUGUUGUUGAUUUUGUCAACAGUAAUCAUUGGGUUCAUAUAAAGUUGAGACCCGAUUGUCCACUGCCGCCCGUCACUGAUUGUUGGAAAAAUAAUUGUUCUAUUAAUGCAAAAGCAUGGGAAUCAGCAUAUGCCGGUCGGUUUAGACACUGGGAAGCAUUGGCAGGAAAGUCAGACAUUCGGAAGAAUGUUUCUAUGGAUGCAGAAACUGUUGUGAUAUUGUAA